UGUUAUUUCUUUAUUUUGGUGUGAUUGCUGCAGCUCACAGGCUCAUGCCGCUCAGUGUGGUUGGACUGCAGCGGGUUCUGGUCCAGGUGAGGGUGUGAACCCGGUCUGUGUGGCUCCCCGUCGAGAUGUCGUCCGCUGAACGUGACGGAACCUUUAGUCAGCUCAAUAAGUUUGAGAAACUGUCGUGGAGGCCCUCCAUCCGCGAUUCAGGCUCCAAGAAACGUGCACGGUGGCUUCAGGCUCGGCGCAUCUUCUCCCCCUCCUGCCCCAACCUGCGGAUCCCCAACAGGUUUCUGAGAGAAGGUCACUGUGUACCCCCCGCCCGGAGCGGACACCGAUGUGUUGCAGACAGCACCAACCUGUAUGUGUUUGGAGGCUACAACCCAGACUUUGAGGAGGCAGGGGGGUCAGAGAAUGAAGACUACCCUCUUUUCAGGGAGCUUUGGCGCUUUCAUUUUGCCACAGCCACCUGGCAGCAGGUCCGCACAGAGGGUUACAUGCCCACAGAGCUGGCCUCUAUGUCAGCUGUUUUACACGGCAACAACCUGCUUGUGUUUGGUGGCACUGGGAUUCCAUUUGGUGAAAAUAACGGCAAUGACGUCCAUGUUUGCAAUGUUCAGUACAAACGAUGGAACCUGCUCAACUGCAGAGGGAAGAAACCCAACAAGAUCUACGGACAGGCAAUGGUCAUCAUAAAUGGCUACCUCUAUGUGUUUGGCGGGACAACAGGCUACCUUUACAGCACUGACCUGCACAGACUGGACCUGACCACCAGAGAGUGGACCCACCUCAAACCCAACAACGCGCCCUCAGAUCUGCCUGAGGAGAGGUACAGACAUGAACUAGCUCAUGAUGGACAGAGAAUAUACAUAUUAGGAGGUGGGACUUCCUGGACGUCAUAUCCUCUGGACAAGGUUCACGCAUAUAACUUGGAGACAAAUUACUGGGAGGAAAUAAUCACCAAACCCCAUGAAAAAAUAGGAUUUCCUGCUGCCCGCCGCUGUCACAGCUGUGUGCAGGUCAAAGAUGAGGUGUUUAUAUGUGGGGGUUAUAACGGGGAGCAGAUCCUGUCUGACCUGUGGAAGAUCAAUCUGCAGACUUUUCAGUGGACCAGGCUGCCUGCUCUCAUGCCAGAACCAGCCUACUUUCACUGUGCUGCAGUCACUCCUGCCGGCUGCAUGUACGUCCACGGCGGUGUCGUCAACAUGUCUGGGAACAGAAGGACUGGCUCAUUGUACAAAGUGUGGCUGGUGGUGCCCAGCCUGCUGGAACUGACCUGGGAGAGACUGCUGAAAACUUCCCCUCACUUAGCCCAGAUGUCCACCCUUCAGCUGCUCAGCAUGGGACUAACGCACACACUAAUUCAGCGGCUCAAAUAGACCGAGACAGAGACUGAUGGAGGCGGUAUGUGGUGGAACAGCACUGACUCUCAAAUCACAUAUGACUCAGCAAAAAAAAAAAGUUCUUAAAAGGACUAAGACGUCUGAUGUCAGAUAUGAAAAACUUUUAAUGCCUUUUAAAUUUAGUUUUAUGUAAAUGUGCGUGCUUUUUAAAAGAAAAAUGCAACAAAGUGCAAUGUUUUGCGUUUCUGUAUGUGAACGUGUCAGAUUGGGGUUUGCAUGCAUCCAUCUGAAGCCAGGCACCAGUGUGGACACCAGAAUCGCUCUUUUUGUGCUUGAUUCUUGUCAUUUUGGGUCCACUAUAAAGUGCAUUCCCCAGUUUUAUUUUUUUACCACACAGAAACCUGUGGAGCUUAAGCAGGAAUAGUUAAAUGUUCCAAAGACCACUUCUUCAAAGGCAAAACGAAUGUUGCUUCUGCAUGUGUCAUUUUAGAUUCAGUUCAGGAACAGAUCAGCUUGUUUCACUGUUUCUGAAGUGACAACCUGUCGCACACUGUUAUCUCUGACACAUGUUCAGUCAGCAGCUGUUACGCCCACUGUGACAUACUGUAGGUCAGAUAAAAAACACUGUUGUAAACUUAAAUUUCCAUUUUGUAAGUUUCCUGUUGUUAGAAAUGAGGCAUGCUGCUGAUAAAGCACGGACACAUUGUAACUGUGAUACCUCUUAAAAGUCUAAUUAGGUCAAUUAUUUAAGGCGUCAUGUUUAGCCUUAAGGGCUUUCUGACUGCAUGCUGGUAUCGAGCUUUGGUCACAUUAGGCCUUGUGAUCAGAUGAAAAGCCUCUUAAACAUCUGUGAUAUGGCAUCACUGUGAAUCUUGUAGUGCCUCUUCGAUUAUCAUUCUUCUUUUAGGAAAAAUAAGGCUUAAUAAGUUAGAAAUGAGUUUUUAAACACCUGUAGCUCCACAGUGACUCAAGCCUCUUUUAAAAUGUUUUGGUGCCUUCUGAAUUCUCCAAAAAGUCGCACAUUGUUUUUACACCUCUGUAAGUCAGUUUAUUUUUUUUUAUUUUUUAUUUUUUAACAUUUUGGUGGGUUCGUUACCCUCUGAACUGUGCACAGGAAGCCUUUUGUGAUGUACCUGGCGUUCUCCACAUGAGCCUUCUGUUGCUGAAUCUUUCUGCUCAUGAUUGAUCAGGAGAAGCCAUUUGCAGCUAAAGAUUUUUUCAUUAACUCAAACGGACAUUUUUUACCUAUUUAUUUAAUCACUGUGCUGCUGUUUUAUUAUGAACCUGGAUUUGUAGCAGAACGUGUAGCUACAUUUCUUUUCACCUGAUUUCAAAGUAAUUUCAAACUUUUUUUUUUUUUUUACUGUAACAGGCUGUUAUUGUUUUUUUAAAACUUUUGGUCUUGUUUUUCAAGAGAACGUGUGCUGUCUGUGGUACUUUGAAAACUAAUUGGUAGGGGACUUUUUAAACUAGUAACAAGGUACAGUAUGGAAGGCAUACUCAGGAUGUGAAAUACUGUAAUCACACUCUACGCUGCAAACAUUCCCCAUUGCCAAAACACCAACAGGCCGCAGUAAUUUUUGUGAAAGCAGGUUUAUGUACGCCGAUAUUACUUUGAAAACAAAUCUUUUGUGAUUACUGCAGACUCCUAAAGGGACAGUUCACCACAACAUCAGAAGAGCAUAUUUAGAAAAGAUAGUUUUGGUGUUAGCUGGAGAUGUCAGCCAUAGAAAUUAAUACAAUGGAACUAUAUUGCACUCAGUCUGUGGUGCUCAAAGUGCCAAAAACUAGAUUUGAAAAGCUCAACAGUCAAGAAACCACAGUCAUGAUUUCUUUCCAGAAAUCAUGACCUGGUUACUCAAGAUAAUCCACAGACCUUGUUGUGAGCAGUUUCACGUAGGAACUAUACUUUAAAAGGAAAUGGUUGAUACGCCCAAUAUCUAUCUUUUUAAGUGGCACUACAGUAGUGAACUGUCCCUUUUUUAAAUACUCUAGAAACACUCCAGCUGCUUGUAUUAGGUCACACCUGUUCCUCUUUCUUCACCCAUUUUGUCAACUUCUACCUUGAGUUUGCAUUUGAUCUCAAACGUUCACUGUAACUUGGACCAUAUUAAGCUAACUCAUCAAAACCGUUCACAUUCAAACUCCAACUCAGUUUUUUUUUCUUACGUCUGCCAUGUCAUGGCCUUAUUUAUAUCCUUAUGAAGCAACAGCUUCACUCUCUGCUCGGACUUGGUAAAUGUACUGACCUGCUUAAGAUUGAGAUUUUUAUGUUUGCAUCAUUUUUGAUGUUAAUGGAAGUUAAAUGAUCUCUUUUGCAUGUCUGUAUGGUGUGCAUGUGACUUUACAUAAACUCUUGGGAGAAAAGGUGAACGUCUUCUUGAAAGCAAAUGUGGCUGUAAUGAACAUUAUGUUUUGUUAUUCCUGUCUGUACAAACAAUAAAAACACAGGCAGAUGUUUUUUUUUUCCAAAAA